AUGGCAUCAUGCACGUCGCUUUCUUCCUUUUCUCCCCAGCAAAAUCCCACCCAAGUCGACCUGAUCCCGCAGGAGCUAAGAAGGGAUGCGGUGGUGGGCACUGGAGAGAAGCCGCACACCGAUAAGAGCAAAAAUAUCAAUUUUAGGGUGGUCUCUCCAAGUCCGGCUUUGUUUGAGUCAGCGAGGGGAGCCCGAGGAGGCCGAGGUCUACGGUUCUGGGAAAGGAGGGUUCUUCUGGAUUCUUUGGGAUAUGGAGAGGCAGGCUCCGGCCCCAAGAAACGACGACGGCAGUUCCGCCUCUUGAGGCUUCACUCCAGGAAUCCCCGAGGAGACCGCGACACCUCGGUCCGAGGCAGAAAGGCCAUUGCCGCCGGCUGCGGGUUGCCGGCCCCACCCUGCCCUCGGCGGCGGGGAGAGACACGCCACGCGCGGGCCGCGGAGUUAAUCUCAGAGAGCCCGGGAGCGAGGGGCGGGGCCGGGCGGGGCCGCGAGCGCGCAGGCGCAGUGCGGGCUUCCUCGCGCCGCCGCCACUGCGGCCGCCGCCGCCGCCCGCGCUGCACCACAAGGCCCGAGACAGACAGGGCCGGGAAGAGCCGGAGACUGAGGAGGAGGCGGAGGCGGCGGCGGAGGCGGGGCGACUCCGGUGACCGGGAGCGCCGCAGACUGGCAGCUGCGGCGACUCCCCCCUUUGUGUCUGGUCUGCGCGGAGCCACUGGAAGUGCUUCCCGGAGGGGUGCGGGGUGUCUCGCCGCCUCGUCGCCCACCCCCCUCCUCAGCCAGCCACCUACCUCCGCCCUCCCGCCGCCCCCCGCCCUCGGCCCGCGACGCCCGAGCUCCGCCCGGAGCCCUGAGCUGCGGGAGAACGAGGCGGCGGCGGCGGCGGCGGCAGCGGCUUCCUCGGGGGCGGGGGUUGUGAUUCGCUCACAGGAGCCAUUGACGGGAGAAGACGAGGCUUUUCUUCGUGGAAUUUACCUCAGGCAAGAUGGAGAGGCCGCAAUAAAAAAGAGAGAAAGAGAGAGCACCUCCCCUCCGCCCGCCGUCUCGGGGAGCUCGGGGCCCUGCCUGCUGACCCUUCCCCUCCCCCGCUUCCUACCGCCCCUCAGCGCACCGGCCGGGCCCUGGCAGAACCUCGCAGGAUUGUUGGGCGAAGGCUCGAAGGCGGUGUGGGUUUGUCCAUGGAGGCAGGCACCUUUUUCGCUCCAGUCGAGGAACGGGGUUUGUUGUUCUCGCAAUCCGAGUGAAGGAAGCACCGAAGCGAAACUUAAGAAGGAAUCCUGCCCUCCCGGAGCCACGGGCGAUGCGACUCGUGCCGCCGGGCGCCGCCGCCGCCCGCCCGGCUUCGCCCUUCGCGGCAGUCGGGAACUUGGUCUGAUCCUCAGCCCCGCCAUCGAAGCCCCCGCCUGCCACCCCCCUGCACCCCGGCUAUGUUUUCUCGCAGACCUGGAUAUUUUUUCGACAUCGUGAAACUAC